UCGGCGGUCAGUGAGCGAUUUAGUCCGAACGGUCCGGUGGUGGCACAUUUCAAAGCUGAACUCAUUCCCCGUAUGGAAGGGUAGCGUUGGAACGUGAAAUGGACCUAAGUGUGCGGAUUAAAAGUUGUGUUUUCGUGUGAGGCAGGUAGUGCUGAAAGUUUAUGCUAUCAAGGGGUGAUCGUUGUACAUCGAUUGUCCUGGCGGAAAUGCAAACUCAAUUGGAAAAUGAAUGCACACAUAUGGUUCCGUCGUUCGCUGGGACUAACAGUGAACGCAGUACAGUUUCAGUGUAAAAAACCGUGUGCUGUUUAACCGACGAAACUUAGUUUCAUUAAUACUUCAAUGUGACAGAAAUCGUUACAAGUUUUUAAAUAAUAUAUGAUGACCUAUGGGAAGCUGUCUUUUCUAAACCUACCACUAUUGAUGGGAAAUAUUACUGUCACAACCGUUGACAUGACAUGGUGGCGUGUCGGAUAAAAUAAAGACAGUGGUAAUUUCAUUUCGAAGGUUAAUGAUAAAGCUUUUGGGAAGAGUUCUUCGAACUAAACGAUACUACAAAUCAUUGCUCACAGUUGGCUUUUAAAACUGAAACGACAUACUAGCAGCCAGCUUCAAAUCUACAACCAUAGCAUUCAUCAGUCAUCUCCGUUCUGCAGCUAAGUGCACUUGUUCCUGUUUCUGGAUUACGUUUCAUCCGCAAAUGCAUUACCGAGGAUAUUUUUAUGAACAAAUGUGAAAGCCUGUGGAUUAAGUGAACUGGGAAUUCCCCUAUAAGUGAAUUUGAUAAAUGAUCAUGAUGAGGUCAUUUCAGUUCAAUAACGUUAUAUGUAUGGCGAAGUGUUGUCUAAUGAAGUAUAAUAUAUCGAUGAUUUAUCAAUAUCAACCAAGCAAUAAAACACAGUGUUAAGAAAGUUAUAUCGACAAAAAUAACAAUGGCAUCUCAGACACCGUCGGCACCUGGUAGUGGAAGCAAUAUUCCAAGUAGCUCCGGCAGUAAUUCCUCCCUAACUAAUGUACAUUCGGAUGAACGAUUGGUGGUCGCUGUAAGGAUACGACCACUCAACGAUGGUAACGAGCCAAACUGUGUGCAGGUGGCGUCAUACCGGACAUUGCUGUUCGACGAAGGAAACAGGAACAAGCCAAAAAAGUACAACUACGACCACGUGUUUGGCGAAAAAUCCACUCAGGAGGAGGUGUACGAAACGACCACUGCUUCCCUCGUGCAGGACGUGUUGAAUGGCUACAAUGCGGCGGUGUUUGCCUACGGAGCCACGGGAUCCGGAAAGACUCACACCAUGCUGGGACCAAACCCAAAGAGGGCGGCAGUUGUUUCCGAGCAGGGAGACACCACCGUCGGCACCGCCAAAUCCCAGCAGGAUAGUGGUUUGAUGAUCAAAGCUGUGGCGGAUAUAUUCAAAUUUAUCGAAGCCUCCGAGAAUCCAGAUAACUUUAAGAUUUCACUAUCAUAUUUAGAAAUUUACAAUGAGUUAAUUAGAGAUUUGCUCAAUCCAGGUGGUCCACUAGAAUUACGUGAGGACAAUAAAGGUAACCAACUGGUAACUGGACUCUCAGAAAUAUCUACCACUUCCCGACAUGAAGUCAUCCAGUUACUGAUUAAGGGUAAUAGGGCACGAACAGUGGAGCCGACCGCAGCCAAUCAAACCUCUUCGCGUAGCCAUGCUCUACUCAGCAUCACUGUGCUCAACCAGACACCUAUUGGAACAAAACAAGGCCGUCUAUUCUUAACGGAUCUAGCCGGGUCAGAACGAGCUCGUAAAACAAAGAACCGUGGUAAACGUCUUCAAGAAGGAGCCCACAUAAACCGCAGCUUACUUGCGCUUGGGAAUUGUAUCAACGCCCUAGCGGGCGGUGCACGCUAUGUCAAUUACCGCGACUCCAAGCUAACAAGGUUACUUAAAGAGGCUCUUAGUGGUCGCUGCAAGACGGUAAUGAUCGCACACGUAGCACCAGAAGCAAAACACCGAGACGAAACUAAAAACACAUUAGUUUAUGCAGAUCGAGCCAAUCACAUUACAACUCGCUUACAAAACCCUACGAUCCUAGAAGAAAACCGCGAACUUCCGAUCGCACAUUAUCAAGGCAUGGUUGCCGAACUACGCGAAGAGGUUAGCAGAUUGAAGAGCAAAAUGCUAUCAGAUCGUCCACGGAGCGGAGCUGCUCUUCAGCGACAGCAACGGCCGGAACAGGAAAACUCAUCCGAGGAACAGCAGAAAAAAGUUGAACUGAAAUACCUUCGGGAGCAAAUUGUGCAAACAUUCAAGCAACAGAUGAGACUUCGUCGGAGACUUCUGGAAGCGGACAGUCAUCUGCUGGGUUUGGAGCUGGAUUCAGAGCGCCAGCACAUGGUUAUAUCACACUGGCAGAGUCGGCAAGGCAAGUUGUACGAUCGGAUGGAUGAAGAUGAUGAUUCUGAUUCCGAGGGAAAUUCUGCUUUGAGAUCUGCUUGGAAUGAGCUCUCCGCUAUAGAGAAGGAGGUGAAAAGAUAUCGUGAGAUACGGGUUACUACUGAAAAUGAUUUGGAAGAAUGCAGAAAAAGGGGCGUAGCAUUAGAAGAUGAACUUCCGGAGAGAAUCAGCAGUGACGAAGAAAGGGAACUAUUGUCUUUGUUAUGUAGAGUACACGAAUUGGAAGCGGAUAAGGUCUCCCUACAAGCGGAACGCUUAGCUCGACAAGCGGAACUCAGACGAAGAGAUUUACAGUUGUUAAGAGCAGAACGUCAGAGACGCUUAUGCGAGGAUAUCAUUAGCACACAACGCAGAAUCAUAGAAGAAGGAAAAGUUGAACUUCCAGAUGACCUUCGAGAAUUGUAUGCACUAUAUCAGCAAGAGAUUCACGCCAGUACUUACAACAGUGGACUCUACACAGCUAGUCGCGACUAUUACGACAGCAAGUUGCCUCCAAUUCCCCUCCGAGAGCGAGGCAUGACCUCACCCGGCAGUUCUAGUUCGAGCUCCGAUUGGUCCCCGUCGCCCUUACCUCCGAUUGAUGCGGAAGGCAACCUUAUUAAUCCGGAUCGAGUGAUGGGUCCGCCUGUGGGACCAAAGCUUCCGUCGAUCAACCGUUUGCGCAGCAGCUAUGGCAGCACCCAGAGCACAUCGAGCGAUGAUUGAAGAAUAUUUGGAUGAUUUAUCUGACUCGCAAAAUAUCUCUCUAAAGCUUUAAAUUGAACCAUCAAUGGCAUUUAAAUCUGAUAUCUCGGCUUAUAAAUGGUGGCGAAAAAUUGAUGACACUACACGUGGAAACAAAACGUCCAUUAAAUCAUGUACUUAUAUGGCUUUAUAAAUCUGUGAACUUUUUUCAAUUAUAGCCGUGAUUGUUACACUUUGAACAAACUAAUGUUGCUACCAGAUAGAAUGAAACUAUUAUUUCAGUAGACCUACUGCAUGUUUGUGGCUAAAACGCAUUAUCGUUAGUAAAAACUAAACUAUAACGUCAGUUGAAUACAUUUUGUAAGUAUAUAUACUGCACAUGAUCGCAUAUCAGUCCCAUAUGAAAAAACUUCGAAUGGAGAAAAUGAGGAACAAACAUCAAGCCUACUUGUCCUAUCCAGAAAAUAACCGCAUAUGAAUCCCAUUAUCAUAGAAAAAGGGACUCAUAUGCGGUCAUUUUUCAUCUGGAACGAACUGGCUUGAUUUCUUUUUUCGACUUUUUAUGAACAAACAUGCCUAUUUUACAGCUGCAUUUGAUAAUACUAUGAUGUAAAUGACCGUUACAGGUGCUAACUCGAAAACGACGAAAAUUCAUAUGGGACUGAUAUGCGAUCAUAGGCAGUAUAGUCCCCUUGACUCCCUAUUUGGCUAUCUUGUAUCCCCUUACUCGCAUAUCAAUCCAAUACUGUUUUCCGCAUACUGAGAUAACAGCCAUUGAAGUUUCAAAUCGCAUCUUCCAUAUAAAACUUUCAAAAAUCUUAUAAAUUGCAUCAUCUUCGGAUCUUGUUGAAAUUCUGCUGAGUGAUGGCUCUCCCAGACCUCAGCGAUUCCAUCGCCGCGACGGCAACAACUCAACUAGUCGCCGCGAUUCUAUCGUUGGAUCGCAGCAGGCAAUGUUUCAUUUACGCUUACAUACCAACGGCGACAUAAUCGUAGUCGCCAAGCGGAUGGAACGAUUUGAUUUAGUAUAAUUGAAACAAUGUUUAGUUCUGUGCAAUCAGGUUAUGCCAAUUCCUGAUUAGAUUACUAAUUAGGAAGGAACCCUGCCAUGAAGGGAACUUUCAAUAUGCUAAAAUUUGGAUAAUGAAAGGGAUGGGAAAUAAGUAAAAAAUAAUUCACUUAAAUGAUAAAAUCACACAAUUCAUCAGUUUUUGUUUAGUUUUUUGGAAAAAAAAAAGAAUAUUAUAUUACUUCCUAAUGAAACCAUCAAAUUAUAAAAUUUAAUUAGGGAAGAGGGGAAAUAGGAAAAAAAU